UUGUGCUUAUAUAACCCCCCUUGUCACCCGCCCUGGUGCCAGGAUCCAGGAUGGCCCCCGUGCCCAGAUUAGCUGUUCCCGUCCGGAUCCCACUGUCCCUGGGCCCCUGCCAGGCCCUGUGCCCUCCCUGAGCCCAGCCUGGCUCCAUCCCGGCCCCGAUCCCGGCCCUUCCUCCCAGGAGCUGCCUGUCCCUUCCCCUUCACCCACCUACAGCUCCGGCACAGGCAGGAUUUGGGGGCUUCAAACCCCCCCCCAGACCCACAAGUGGGUCUCACCCUGCUCCUUGUCCCAGAGCACUGGGAGCACUGGGAGCACUGGGAGCACUGGGAUCUGGCAGAGAUGGCACAGCUCCUGCCAGGGCUGGGCUGGGGUCCAGCACACUCAUCUCACUGGUGAUGGUGAGCUCAGAUAGGCCCCAUCCCAAUCCCUUCCCAUCCCAAGCCCCACUUCAUUCCAAUCCCUUUUCCAUCUCCAUCACCCCUUUUCCAUCCCUAUCAUCCCUUUUCCAUCCCCAUCCCUUUCCAAUCCCUUCCUAUCCCCAUUACAAUCCCUAUUCCAUUUCCCCCACUCCAAUCCCCAUCCCAUUCCAAACCCUUCCCACCCUCAUCCCCAUCCCAUUCCAUCCCAAUCCCUCCAUGUUCCCAUCCCCAUCCCACACCAUUCCCAUCCCCUUCCCAAUCCUCGUCACGUUUCUCCCCCCAUCCCAAACCCUUUCCAUCCUUAUCCCCAACGCAAUUCCUCCCCAUUCCCAUCCCGUGGGACACUCAUGAGCAUUCCCAGCCCUGGGGCAGUGCAGGGCUGGUCACAGUGUCCCAGACGCAGGGACUGGGACAGGAUUCCUGGAUCCCUCAGCCCGGGAAGGGCAGCAGAGCGUUAUCAGCUCCGGGAUGGCUCCGGGGCUCCGGCGCUAACCCAGUUAUCGGGGAUGGAUGGACGGCUGGGAGCCGGGAUGGAUGAUGGAUGGAGGGACGGGGGGCUGGAUGGAUGGGGCCGUCACUGCUCCCCGCCGCCCCCCCCGGGCCCGGACAGGGAUAAAAGGCGAUUCCCGGGCGCGGGAGCCGCAGCCCCCCCGCCAUGAGCAGCCUGGCCGAGCUCCGCGAGGGCUACGAGCGCUUCGACCCCCGCGCGUACCUGCGCAACAACUACCUCCCCCCCCGCGCCGACUUCUCCUCCGAGGAGUUCGUGGUGCCCUGGAAGCUGCGAUGCCUCGCCGACACCUUCGCCAGCGGUGAGAUCCGGGGCCAGACCCUGAUCGAUGUGGGCUCGGGCCCCACCAUCUACCAACUGCUGAGCGCCUGCGACCACUUCGAGGAGAUCGUGGCCACCGACUACCUGGCGGUGAACAGGGAGGAGCUGGGCCGGUGGGUGCGGGGGGACCCCGGAGCCUUCGACUGGAGCCCCUUCAUCCAGCACGUCUGCAAGAUCGAGGGCCGCGGGGAGCCGUGGCAGGACAAGGAGCGCCGGCUGCGGGAUCGCCUCCGCCGGAUCCUGCCCAUCGACGUGCACCGCCCGGACCCGCUGGGGGCCCCCCUGGACCCUCCGGCCGACGCUCUGCUCUCGGCCUUCUGCCUGGAGGCCGUGAGCCCCGACCGCGCCGCCUUCGCGCGGGCGCUGCUGCACGUGGGGUCCCUGCUGCGCCCGGGGGGCCACGCGCUGCUCCUGGGGGCCCUGGGCGAGUCCUUCUACCUGGCGGGGCCGGCGCGGCUGCCCGUGGUGCCGCUGGCCUUGGCCGACGUGCGGGCGGCGCUGGCGGGCGCGGGGCUGGCGCUGCGGGAGCUGCGCAGCUACGAGAUGCCCCCGGCGCUGCGCACCGGCGUGGACGACGUGCACGGGGUGUUCUUCGCCCACGCCCAGAAACCCCCCCAGGGGCACUGAGAGGAGCAGGGGGAAACUCGACCCCGGGACCCCCCGGCGGUUGCGUUCGGGGGCGUGGGGAACCCCCCCUGGACCCGGAAUAAAGGUUGAGGUUGUGGCAGA